AACACGUCCUUCCGCUCGAUUCCUCCUCUUUUUCUCUUGUCCGCCAUCCUAUGUGCGGUUGGAUUUGCUCCUCGCCAUGUCUUCUCACAAGACUUUCAGGAUCAAGCGAUUCCCGGCCAAGAAACAAAAGCAGAAUCGUCCCAUUCCCCAAUGGAUUCGAAUGAAAACUGGUAAUAAAAUCAGGUACAACUCUAAGAGAAGACAUUGGAAAAGAACCAAGCUGGGUCUAUAAGGAACCUCACAUAUGAAGUGGCACGCAUAAUCAGAACGUUGUGUAGGG